GAUAUGAUCCUCUCAGCUCGAUCUCGAUCCAUCCAUGCAUCUCGCCGUCUAGCUAUCUGCGAGCAACGACGACAUGGCUGCCACUCUCGCCGUGCUGCUCGUCGCGGCGGCGGCGAGCAUGGCGGUCGCGGCGGAGGGCGCGCCGUGGUUCUGGCCGCCGGCCGGCGACGACCCCUACUGCCUCAGCUGGCGGGUCAUGGUGGAGGCCAACAACGCCAAGAACUGGCGCACCGUGCCGCCGCCGUGCGUCGGCUAUGUCUGGCGCUACAUGGCGUGGGGGCAGUACACCCGCGACGUGGCCGGCGUCACCGACCAGAUCGCCGCCUACGCCUCCCAGGUGCCCGCCGGGGACGACGGCCUUGACGCGUGGGUGUUCGACGUCGACGACACGUCCCUCUCCAACCUGUUCUACUACCAAGCAAAGCAGUUCGGGGCGUAUGAUCCGGUGGCGUUCAAGAACUGGGCGAGCAAGGCGAUCUGCCCGGGGGUGCCUGGCAUGGCGCAGCUGUUCCAGACGCUCAAGGGCAGAGGCUUCAGAGUCUUUAUCCUCUCCGGCCGAGACGAGCAGACUCUCGGCUCCAGCACCGCCACCAACCUCGUCGCCGCCGGCUUCGCAGGCUACGACCGACUCAUCAUGAGAAGGGCAGAGUACCGGGGAGUGAGUUCGGUGGUGUUCAAGUCGGCGAUGAGAAGGCAGCUGGUGGAGGAGGAAGGGUACCGGAUCCGCGGCAACGUCGGCGACCAGUGGAGCGAUCUGCAGGGCGACUUCCUCGGCGACCGUGUCUUCAAAGUACCCAACCCCAUGUACUUUGUCCCAUGACCAUCACUCAUCAUGCGCUUCGUUGCUUAUCUCAAGUACCAAUACGGUGUUAACUUGAGUAUGCAGCCUUUUUCUUUUUAAUUCUAAAAGAAAAGUUCCGAGUAGCAGGUCUCUACACCAUGUAACUGGGCUCGCGUCGUUUGGUUCUCUCUUUGAUAAAAAAAUAAUGUAUGGAUAAAACUUUGUAGAUUUAAAAAUAAAUUAUGGUGAAAAUAGAUAUUUU